UGUUAUCCUUUCUCUCUUUUAGCAAAUAUCCCACUGCUAUUCUUCUGAUAUGGUAUCAGAGCGUAAGAUCCUUAUUUUUUUUCUCUGCAACCAUGAGCGGAGAGGCUGAUCCAUCUCUUAAUGUUCAUAGUUUUUUGUAUCUACAUCCCAAUGAAAAUCCUGCUAUGGCUCUCGUUUCUCCUUCACUUGAUUCAACCAAUUAUCAUUCAUGGAGCAGGUCCAUGCUUACUGCUCUGAGUGCCAAAAAUAAAUUAGAGUUCAUUGAUGGAAGUGUUCCCCAACCCUUACCGUCUGAUCGUAGCUAUGGAGCUUGGAAAAGAUGUAAUAACAUGGUCGUUUCUUGGCUUGUUCAUUCUGUUUCUUCUUCCAUACGACAGAGCAUCCUUUGGAUGGAUCAGGCGGAGGUAAUUUGGCGUGACCUCAAAUCUAGAUAUUCUCAGGGAGAUUUAUUUCGUAUUUCUGAUCUACAAUUCGAGGCAUCCUCUAUUAAACAAGGUGAUCUCUCUGUCACAGAUUUCUUUACCAAACUUCGCAUUAUUUGGGAUGAAUUGGAAAAUUUUCGGCCUGAUCCUAUAUGCACUUGCACUAUCAAAUGCACCUGUAAGGUCUCAUCCAUCAUUGCUCAUCGAAAACUUGAAGAUCAGGCUAUGCAAUUUCUUCGUGGUCUUAAUGAUCCAUAUGCUAAUGUUCGCUCUCAUGUUCUUUUGAUGGAUCCCCUCCCUCCUCUUACAAAUUUUUUUCCUUAUGUUGCUCAACAUGAACACCAACUCUCUGUCGCUGAUGUUAUUCCUGAAACCAUUGUACUCAUUGUGGUCGGAGCGGCCAUACUAUUGAUGUGUGUUAUCGGAAACAUGGGUUUCCUCCUGGUCAUCGUUUAUCUACUGGAAAAUCUUCUUCUACUAACAGUAUUGUGACAGGUGAAGGCAAGGUCACAG